AGCGACUCACACCGAAUCCCCUCGCGAGCCCAUUUAUGUGGCUUCCCUAGGGUUUUAGUUCUGUGAUUUGCUUCGCUCGCUUCUGCCGCGAGCCGCCCUCCCUCGAUCCAGAGAGCUUCGCUGCUUUCGCUGCGAUGGCGUCGGAGAAGAAGCUUUCGAACCCGAUGAGGGGGAUCAAGGUCCAGAAGCUAGUACUCAACAUAUCCGUCGGAGAGAGCGGCGAUCGCCUCACCCGCGCCGCCAAGGUGUUGGAACAACUGAGUGGGCAAACUCCUGUGUUCUCUAAAGCCAGGUAUACUGUUCGGUCUUUUGGGAUCCGGCGCAAUGAAAAGAUUGCUUGUUAUGUCACUGUUAGAGGUGAGAAGGCAAUGCAACUGCUUGAGAGUGGGUUGAAAGUGAAGGAAUACGAGUUGCUGAGAAGAAAUUUUAGUGAUACUGGAUGUUUCGGCUUUGGAAUUCAGGAGCACAUUGAUCUGGGAAUCAAGUAUGAUCCUUCCACGGGCAUAUAUGGGAUGGAUUUCUUCGUGGUAUUGGAGCGUCCUGGCUACAGAGUUGGCCGCCGCCGCCGCUGCAAGUCUCGUGUGGGAAUUCAGCACAGAGUUACAAAGGAGGAUGCCAUGAAGUGGUUCCAAGUGAAAUAUGAAGGCGUCAUCCUUAACAAGUCCCAAGCUACUUAAUCUUAGAUAUAUUGUUUAAUUGACAUAUUGAAGGAUCCAUCUAUUUCCUGCGUUUUUAGCUUGGCUGUUUGAAUUAGUGAUUCUGCUUGGUGACUUCUUUUUGAGGACGUGGUUGUUGCUAUAACACUAUAUUUUGAGUCAGUUAUAUAAAAAUGACCUGGAUUGGAAGUAAAAUUUUCUGGACUUCAGGUAAGAAAUAGAUUGUUUUGGAUUA